UUUUCUUCCCAUUCUUCAUUUUCCUUUCACUUUCCCGCUGUUUUUCUUUCUCCUUUUCUUUCAUUUUUUUUCCUUCAAAUUCUCUCUGCUCCCUCACUACUCAUUUCUUCUUCUUCUUCUUCUUCUUCCUUCCUGCUCCACUUCUUCACACAGAUUUUUUGGACCGUACAACAAUGGAGAUCGAAACUGCUUCUGUUCAUCAGCGUUUGCUUCUAACGUUUGCCGGAGGCAUUUCGGCGACGCUGUUUGGCUUUGUUGCUUUGGCCGAAUUGCUUGCUUCGUCUCAGUUCCUUGAUUCGAAUAAGAUGGAUGUCAUUGAUGCAUCCGACGAGAAAAGGAAAUCCAAGUCUAGGAAAUGUCAGACGACAAGGCCGAUCGAGGGAGAAGAAAAUGAGAAUGAGAAUAACGACAGCGAUAACGAACUUGGAGAGGAUCAAGAUGUGCAUGAAAAUGGAGAAGAAGGUAAAAAUGCUCCUCCUACUAAAGAUGGUGCUAACGGAGGAGGAGAAGAUGGUAGCAAUGAUAAUGGUGAUGGUGGGAGUGAGAAUAGUGGUGAGGGUGGUGAUGAGGAAGAAGAAGAAAAUGAUGAUGGUGGGAGUGAUGAGAACAAUGAAGAUAAUAAUGAAGACGAUGAUGACGUGGAUGAAGAAGAUGCAGAGGAAGACAACUUUGAAGGAGAAGAGGAUGAUGAAGAAACCCUUCCACCACCAAAGAAGAGAAAGAAGUAGAAAAAGAAAAAGAAGAAGAAGAAGAAAAAGGAAAAAUAUGCUAACAGUGAAAGCGCUUUCUAAUUAUCCUAAUGAGACUGCUUUGCUUCCAAUUGUAAGUUUUGGAGACUAAAAGCUCUCAGCCAAUUUGACCUAAACAAAGCAAUCGCUAUCUUAGUGUUAUAGCCUUUGUGUAUGCACUAAUGUUUUUAGUUUUUUUUAUGAAAGUUCUUCCAUUGAUUCAACAAA